UCCCUACUCACAAGAAAGGAUACAGCGAUUGUUAUCUAAAAAUAUGAUGGACAUCUUUUUUCCACAAACUUUCCGUGAACGUGCCGCAUUCAAAGAAUCAGCAGUUAAAUGCGGAUUUGUAGAACUAACAGCCGAAACAACAGCAAAUGUUGGAAUAUUACCGGCUGAUGAAAGAAUCUCUACCCUACUCAUGGCAUGGGAAAACAUUGGUAACUAUCUCACGAAAAACCCAUAUAAUCAUGAUGUUAGCGUAACUGUUAAUUGGGUUUGCCGUUGUACUUUAAAUUUGUGGUUUGGACGUGAAUGGAUCGCAUGCGCUAUAGAGAAUAAAACAGAUUUAAUUGAACAAAUGAUGAAAGUAUACCCUACUGCCUUCAUUACUAUGCAUCCAUAUUCUUGGCCUUACAUGUUUUCAAUAUACCGUGAUCCAUGGAUGGUUGAAUAUUUAAAUUUAAAUUUCCAACGUAUGAGCGGAUCAGAUUUAAGUCCAACUUUAGAACUGAAAGAUUCUGAAUUUAUACAGCAAGAAGGAAUCCCAUUGUUGAUUCUUCGAAUGGUCAACAUGUUUGACUUUCGUAUGGUAAAACUAGUGAAAUAUAUGUGCUUGCGGCUUCUAUUGACGUGGCAGGAUCAAAAUUCAACAUCUAGCAAAACCUUGCGUUCUUCACCAAGUGCUGAUCAGUACAUAGAUUAUGCGAGGCAUAUAUACAUGUUAUCAAUAUGUGAGAGUAACGGAUUUAAAGACUUGCAUUACACAUUAGAAACUAUUCAAAGAAUUAUACAAUGUGAUCUGGCAGAAACAUGGCCUCUGGAAUUAGGUGAACAGGCUAUUGCAAAAGGGCUUCAAGAAUCUAAUAAGACUUUGACGGAACUUUUAAUUGCAUUUCUGUUCAAAGUUCCUAAAUCCCAAUUUGGGAAUAUGUUUGGUGCGGCUUUAACCAAAUACAUAAUGUUUAUAACAGAAUACCAAUUGAGGAAUAUUAACCGGAUUAGUUCUGUUAGUUUACCAUGGCCACUUGAGGAAGUGUACUCCAAACUUGUUGAAAUGUUCAUUACACAUAGAGAAUCGUCUGAAGACCUGAUCAAAACGACGUCAAAAUUAUCGGAGCAGAUAUUUUUAGGCUUUAACAAUUUGAGAGCAUCAAAAUGCGCAUAUGAACUUAUUAAACACCGGUCUCACGCUGAAUGGCAUGCCAGUAAAAUAACACUUCUUCUUACUAUUAUAUGCGAAGAAAUCAAUAUCAUUCAGGAUUAUAAAUAUAACGAUGUUCAGUCAACUGAUGAAUUAAUUGAAAAAGAAAAAGAUCUAGCAGUGUAUUACAGAGAUCUCGCGAAACUUUUCUAUAAAAGUCCAUAUUUAGAACAGGAAGCAUGGCUCACUACAUUUUCAUUGCAUCCAUGUCGAGAGUUUAUGGAUGCAGUGACGAGAUGUGGAGCAAGAAACUUACGAGCAAUCAAAAAGCAAGCUCAAAAACUCAAGGUUAUUGAGAUUCCAGAGCCAAAAGCAAAAAUCAAAGAAGAAGAAAAAGAAACAAUAUCAAACGAGGCAAUCGUUCCAAACUUAUUAGAUACUGCGGUAUAUCCUAUAACUUUUGGUACAAGUGUAAGAUGUCUACAAAGCUCUGAUGCGGUUGGUUCUAUUAGUCAUCUAAAUUCUCAAAGAUCUGAAAACAAACACAACGUUAAGAGAGCACAACGUAGAGACAAAAAUGGACCAAAAAAAAUAGAACCUAAAAUCAAUGAAAGGUCAAAAAACAAAACUGUUUCAAAUACGUUUUUUGAAGAAAACCAAUCAGACAACAAAAAUUCGAACCUAACAAAGCGAGGAAGGCCGGUUGGUUCUCUUGGCAAAGAUACCAAGUCCAGGUUUACAAACUCAACAAAAAAAGCAACUGGAAGGAACUCAGAAGAAAAAUCAGAUCUUGCUGAGGAAAUUUUUGCUGCUGCUGCAGGCGCGGCUGAUAAUAUUAAUAUCCAAACAGUAGAAACCAUCAGAUUUCCAGCUUUUGCUUUGAUGAAUUCGGUAACUGAUACCGAAGAAUUAAUGAAGUUUACCAACUACGAUGAAGCUUUUGAACAAUACACAGAACUCAGUAAAAUUUUGACUUGCGUUAAGUUGAACAAUACAUGCUGCGAAGAUCUUCUUACUCUACUCAUUGCACCGAGAUAUAAACGUCUUACAUGGGCAGUUUGCUGGAAGAAAUUAAAAAAGCGCUGCAGAAUUAUACUAACUAAAGAUAAUAAAAAGCGGGAACUCGUUGAACAGAGUAUGGCUGAUGCAAAUGAUCGCCUUACCCAUCUCAACAUUGAUUACGAAAAAUACAAAGACAAACCACAAAUUGACUAUGGUACCAUUGAAGGAGGUUACGAGUGUUUUGACACUGACUCAGAUGAUGAUAUAAGGGCAACAGAAGCGGAUGUUAAAAAAACAAAAGAAAUAAUAGUUUCCAAAAAGAGAAGUUUUGAUUCUGGUAAAGAAUUUAUCAAUAAAAACAAAGAUCAACAAAAUGUUAGCAUGGUUAUGAAACCUUAUCUUAAAAUAGAAAACCUUGAUUCAUCUUCUUCUAAUUUACUAAAUAUUAUUGACUCCACACAUUUAUCAAAGCCUGUUUAUCUCAACAAGCCGGUAUACUUCGUAAGAAACUUAAUUGCAAGCCCUUCAAGUGAAGCUGCAAUGUUUUUAGAGACUGGGUUAAAAAACAACUUACCAAGUCAAAUUUCUUCUAGAAGAUCCACUGGCGAAGAGACACUUACCUCUGAUUCCUUUGAAGAGCAUCACUGGAAUUUAACAACGACCGAUACUUCUCCUGAAGUAAGGCAAAGUUCUCAAGAGGAAAAACUUAACAUCAGUCAAUUUAAAUCAAGUAAUUUAAUAACUAGAUCCUUUUUAAAAACUGAAACGACAUUCAAUAUUCCCGCGUCGAUAAGACAACAAUUAGACCAGCCUACAAUGUUUUUCAAAUCAGAACCAAAAAACGAAUGGAAUGGUGAAGAAAAUAUUUGUGAACAGGAUAGUUCUAAUAAUUUCCAAAACAAACAAACAGAAACUUUGAAUUUUCCACCUUCAAAUUCAACAAAUUUAUUUAAUCAUAAUAAGAACCCCGAUGGAAUUAAACCUGGCAGAACUAUAUUUUCCCCAAAAUUAUUUGAAGAUAUGCCACAGGACUUGACAAUGCCAAAACCUUUAAAUAUUGAUUUAUUUGAAAGCAAUACAGUACUUCAAACUUGUCCACUAAAUUUAACUAGCAGAUUAACCACUGAUGGGUCAUCUUGUAAAACAAACUCUCUCCAUGAAAGUCUUCCUGCCCUUGCUGAUAAAACUGUAAAGAGGCUGUUAAAAAGAGGAACAACACAACCUAGGUAUUUGACCACGAGCAAUUCCACAAAGCGCCAGCCAAAAGAAAGUCCCCAAGAUCUUAAGACAGAAUGCUCAAAUACUGAGUCACCCAGCAGUCAAUGUUCAAUUACUGAACCUACCAGCAGUCUCAAAUCAGUGAGAAUUUUGAAACACGACACAUCGAAAGCAAUAAGAAUAAAUCCAACAGCUGCAGUAGUUUUUUCAUCUGCGGCAGCAUCAUACCACAGAACGCCAUUUUUAAACGCAGCACAGCACGAGCCCAAUAUUCUCCAACAGCUUUUGUCAAAAGAAAUUAAUUUUUUUGGUAAAACCAACGAAGAAGAUGUGAACAGAGUUUCAGAUAUCAAAGAUAAAAGAAAAUUAGGACACAUACUGGAUUCGGGUCAAGGAACAUUAUCAGAUAUUGAUACAACAAAUUCAAUGACAAAUUCAACAUUGAAAGUGCGAAAUUCAAACGAUAUAACUGAAGUUGAUAACUCUAAAACCAAUAUAAGUGAACAGUUGGCAGCAGAAGAAGUAUCUCCAUCUACCUCCGUUUUGUGUGAAAAAAAACAAAGUAAUAACUCUGUCUAUAAAACAGAAAUGGAUGAAGUAUUACAAAACGCUCAACAUGAAACUUUAAUGCCUGAUGCCCAACAAAAAAACUCAAAUGCUUUAAAAGAGCCUUGGAAGUCACAAAGUUUAUUUAAUUCUUUCCUGUUAAAUGCAUCAGUAGGCGAUACUAUUAGAAAAAAUCCAACAACCAUCGAAAAUCUUUCUACCAUUGAAUCAACCGGAGCAAAUAAUUUUUCCAAAAUAGAGUCGGUAGGUGGUGAAUUAUGUACGAAGAAUGAAAUAUUAUCGUAUCCAACAAUAAAUGCCUCCAAUUCAUCGGAUCAGUUGGAAAAUAAUAAUGAACUUGACUCUUUUAAGUUUGAAUUUAAGGUCCCAGCAGCUGUCGCAAAACCAUGUUUCUUUAUGAGGUCCAAAGUCAUGAAAGUUAACUAUUGUGCUUCGGAUUGGGUUAAGAACGUUAUGUUUAACGAUAAGACGGCAGAAAUUAUUGUUCCUGGACCAAUAACAAACCAAGUUACAGCUACUUUUCAGCAUAAAAAAACUAAAAUACCGAAUAUUGAUGAAAAAACAAUUUUAAAUGAAGUCGUAUCUGAAAUGAAAAACAUAUUAACCAAUGAAGGAUUUACUCCAAUUGCUUCACCAUGCCAACCGGAUGACAUUCUAUAUAAUAAACAUAUAGUUUUUAAUAAGAAACUUCUAGACCCGCAUUUAAAAACAUACAAAAAUACAAAAACACUAUGCAAAUUGACUGAUGCAAAGAAAUUAGAAGAAUCUUUUUCGGAUAAAGAUGAGUUUUUUUCAGAAAACCCUGAAGAACCAAAUAUCCCUCAGUUGAAGGAUGUCGGCUCAACAUGUUUAGUGCUUGAUUACAAAAAUCAGCAACAAAAAAAAAAAGAACAUUCCUCUGUCGAUUCCUCUACGUCGGAUUCUUUUCCUGGGCAACCACCAACUUUUCCUCAAAAGAGCUUUUUAGAUAAAGGACCUCAAAAGUCUGAAAAAUCUUUAAAAGUAAAAAAAAAACGUUCCCGAUCAAUCAUUCCAUCUACAAAGAACUUUGAUAAAAUGUUUGAAUGGCUAGAUAUGGUAACUACAAGCGGUCCGGAAUCAGUUCCUGAACACUUGGAUCCAUCUGGCACACUCUUAAAUCUAUUUUCUGCACAAUUGAUGAAUCAGGCUAAAAGUAUUCAUUUCAACUAUGAGUACUUGCAAGAGAAAUCAAAGCUAGCUGGUCGAGUAAAUGAGGAAGGCAUUAACUGCGAGGCAUCAAUAUUAUUAGCCAGCCCCGGAGCAUCAUCAGACGGUGUUAAGCUAAUAAAAGCUUUCAAAAAAAGUUCAGUAUUUAAAGGACUAGACCUGAGUUCCAAUGAAGUUUCUUUCACAAGUACCUUAGCUAAAGAGGUCCUUGGAACGAUCGUCAAAGUGACGCUAAAUGAAAGCGAAAACCAUGCUUCUUGUUGUGGCAAUCAUUUUGAUGCGUCUGACGCAUUGGAUGAGUUUGUACAUUCACGGCGUGAUUUGAAUUCCCCUACAUUCUAUUCUCCUACAUUGUCCAUAAAGCAUUUGAGAAAUGGUACGUUAGCAGAUUCUGUCGAGUGUAUCGAUACAUCCUUAGAAAAACUUAUUCCCAAACCAGGGCGCAAGAGAUCUUCAAUGAAUGCAGAUUUAGCAAUAAAGAAAAAAAAUAGAACACACCUAUCGAUCGAUAGUAAAAUUUCAAAUCAGAUUCCGAAUUCAAUGACUGAAUUGAGCCAAUUGCCUGUAAAAGAAAUCACUAUUUUAAAAUGUUCAGCCGAAGUUUCUAAUACAGAUGUACAACACAAUAAAUCGGCUAGUUGUUUAUCAAAAGAAGACGCUUCAGAGAAUGUGUUUCUUGAUCAAACUAAAGUAAAAAAAACCUUUGAUCAGACCUUCAAUGUAGAAGAAAAUAUACUUAUUGAUCGUUCUUCAAUAGACAACUCUUCGGAGAACGUAUUUUAUGGACAAACUGGAAAAAUAAAUUCCAAGCAUCUUUCCUGCAAUGUAGAACAGAACAAAUUAACUGAUAGUUUUAUAAUUGAAAACGCUUUCGAAAAUGAAUCUCUUGGACAAACUGAAACACCAAAACCCCUAUCUCAAUUCCCCAAUGGAGAAAAACAUAAAACCGCUGAUUGUUUGAUAACGGAACAAGUAUCAGGAAUUAAAUAUCUUGAACACAGUGAAAAAACAAAAUCCUGUACUGAGCCUUCCAAUUUGAAAAGUUGUUUUAACAUUGUACACAACCUGGCGGUAGAAUUGAAGCCUAAAUCCGAAAUUAAGAACACCAAAACCUUUUUAAUUAACGAAGCAAUGGAAUCAGCCAUAGAAAAUACUAUUCCAGGUGCUUGUCUAACAAAAGCAGAGUUUUUGUUUGAAAACACAGAAAAAGAAAAAGAUAUUGGUUGUGAUUUAAAUUUUCAUGAGCCACUGAAAUCUGAAUGUAAUAAUCAUUCAUCCGAACAGGUAAAGGAAGCAAAAAUAAUGAGUAAUUGUGAUGAGUCAAAAAAUUCUAAACUAAGGCAACCUUAUUCCUCAACACAUUCUCAUCAUAAAGAAAUACCACUUGAAAGAAAUAAAAUUGAGGAAAAUAAUUCGAUUUAUAGUAAAACGAAAAGAAAUACUUACGAGGCAACAAAACUCAUACUUCAAGAUGAAUCGGUUACAAUAUUUAGACCCGAAGAACAACAAUAUGUUGAAGAUACAAAAAAACUAUCAGAAAACCAAUCUGAAAACGAAAAAGAAAUAAUGAGAGAAGAAAUAACCAUCCAAAAUUCAAUAGGAAAAAAUGCUUGUAACGAGCACCUGGAAAUAACAGACAUUUUGAAUACUGCAGACCGACUUUCAUCGACAGAAGUAGAACAAUUCCAAGCAUAUAAUGUCACAAAAAAAAAUGAGAUAUUUAUUUCCACUGAAAAAAAUGUUUUACAAUUAAAAAAAGAAAAAUUAAACAUAGAAGAAAAUUCUUUAGAACAAGAAAUUCGGCCAUUACCAACAAAAGUACAUAGCACAAUCUUUUCGGAAAACCAAGAAUUAAACACGGAAGAAAACAUUCCUUUAGAAAAAUAUAACACAAACAAAUCGGGAAAAAUAAUCCAAAACCAUUCAUCGAAAAUAAUACAACAGUUGUCAAUUGAGACCGAUGAAACAAAAUAUUUGUUCACUAAAAUGUCAUCUGAAGAAGAAAAUAAGUCAUCAUCUGUUAAGAAAAGAUUUGUUAAACCCAAAAUUUCUUAUGCCGAGUUAGACUCAGAUUCAGAUGAAUUGCUGAGAACUAGGCUUAAGAUACCUUCUUUAAAAAUAAAUUUUCCAUCUAUUCGACCGGCUAGAAGAAAAUUAUUGAAAAAAAAACUAGCGAGAAAAGCUGUUUCCAACAAGUCUACAGCAAAAAGGCCUGCUUCUAAAAGAAUAAAAAAAUUGUAUAAAAAAACCAAGAAAAACUCCGAAUAUUCAAAAAUAAAUCCUUCUUCAGGUGCAAACGACUCUGACGAUGAUAAGCCACUCAUUUCGAAAAUGAAAGAAAUUAAAGUUGAAAAAGUAAAAGACGACUAUCGCUUAUCAAUGUCAGCCCAUGAAUUAAAUGAAUCCGACGAAGACGUUCCUUUAAAAAGAAUGUCACGGAGACGUCCUUCCAAAAAAAUAGUGCCAAAGUUGUCUCCAUUAAAAACAAAACAAAAUCCAAGCAAAUAUCCUGUACGGAAACAUCAUCGUAAUGCAUAUUCACCAAAAAAACCUUCUGUAAUUAAAUUUUCUCGACGGAGAACUGCAUCACUAAAUUAUUUUGCACUGUUCUUGAGUGACUCGGAUGAAGAUGAACCUAUAAGGUGUAAGCGAAGAAAGAGUACUGCCGACAGACUUUGGACCUACAGAACUGCAGAAAAGAAAUUAACUAAAGAAUCUGCGAAGAAGAAAACUUCUUAUAAAAAUGAAAGGCGGUGUAGUAGGGAUGCAAUUGAACGGCACAAAAAUAGAAACCAUUUAACUAAGGCAAAAACAUCAAUAGUAAAAAUGCCGGUUCUUACUCGUGAGCACAGCGAUCAGACAGAUGAAGAGAACAUAUAUGAAUGUGCGACAAUCAGCACAGCCAAUGAAACUGACGAUGAAGCUUGUGUUGAUCAUCGCCACAAGAAACGUCGACAAAAGGUAGUGAAACCAAUGAGAAUUCGGUGUGUUAGUCGUCGUGCUAUACCCACUGACGUUAUUACUGAGUCUAGUUCGUGUUCCAGUUUUUCAACUACACAAACAGCUCGAGCACUUCCAAGCAAUUCCACUUCUUUCUCAGGGUUUCCAACUCAAGAACGUUUAUUGCGUAAGAAAACACUUGAAAAGAAUCUUCUAAUGUCGAAAUUACUUCAUGAAUCGAGCUCUUCUUCAAGUUCGGUAAUAAUGAACAGACGAAAUAGACAAUUUGUAGCGAAGUCAACUUCUAAGCCUAUUGUUAUAGAAAGUUCGAAGCAUUUCCUUAUACAAAAAAGUGUAAGAGUACAUAACGCAAAAAGUAGCCAACCCCUAACAUCUAGGGAGAAAGAAGCAAUUUACAAUAAUAACUGUGUUAAUUUUCAAAUACGGCUUCAAAGGCUAACGACAAACGAAGCGAAUUUAUGCCGAAAACCAUAUAUUCGAUUGGAUAAGAAUUUCGUUGAAAACUAUUUGGCAGGAAAACAACGGGAUAUUAAGUAUAAUUUGAAUUAUUCAGAAAAUCUAAGUGGUGAAAACAAAGAGUGAAAUAAAUAAAAUACAACUUUCAUUUCAGAAAGAUGAAAAUGUUAUUUAAUAGCAUAAAAUAAAAAAAAAAAACGUCCUUUUGGAAAGGACUAUCUUUAAACGGAAAAUUAUAAAUUAUAAUUUUAAUCAAAUUAAUUUAGUAAUUGAAUUAACAGGAAGUAAAUAUCUAUUUUGAUUUAAUUGUAUUUGUUAUACAUAUGAAUAUUUUUUUUUCAAAAUCCAAAACAUUGUAAUAUACACAAAAAGAAUUUUAUAUUGAGCAAAAAAU